AUGGACUAUCGCGAGUAUUACUUUUAUCACCGUCCAACCUGGGACAUCGAAGCCCAGGCUCGAGGGGAGGUGGAAGAGAAAUUCGAAGAGCCUGUUAUUGACCUUGUCGUUCCAGAGCGUGCCAGGCUGGCCGAGAUACUCUGCUUUCAGCCCAAGGACUUGACGGAAGAACAAAUCUCUUGCGCCAGAAUAGAGGCGGUUGACCUGAUGGUCGCGCUCUGCGACAAAAGGGACGCUGGUAGAGCCGGCCAAGCUAGGUCAAGGCCUCCACGCCUCCCUCGGGUGCAGCAAUUUAUCAAGGAAGAAUCACCUGCAUUUGCAGCUUGGUGCGAGCCCGAUCUCUUCCCUCUUCUCAUGGAUGCAAGCCAAUGUCCAGAUUGCAUCGGCGACGAGCGAUUAAUAGCUGCAGAGCGCACCUUUGAGUGGUGUCGCCCGACCAUACGAAAUGAUCACUUCGAUGAUCAGCAUCUGACUGAUCGAGAAGCCAUCGCGCAGCGAGGGGAGGCACUUGUUUGGGUGGAAAUGGCAGAGCUAUCAGUCAUGGAAGAUGGAAUAGAGAAGGUAAUGGAUGAGUUGACUGUUCAACAGGUCAUGCUCAGCUCUAUGGAAGGCCUGGCAUGGGAUGGAGUUGAGGCCGAGCGGAACGACAUUAUCCAAGAGAUCGAACGGCUGAAGCACCUGCUCAAAAAGUUGAAAAAGGAUCGCGCACGAGAUGAAAACGGCGAUGAUAUUGGUGGCUCUGCCUCACAGAACCAAUCUCCGCCCGGCACGCCUACCUCACAAGCACCGCCACCCCAACCAAAAACUCCUGUUGUAACAGGGGGCCGCUCAUCCAAGAUGGAUCCAUACUCCGGAUAUCACGAUGUCUGGGACAGCCCGUCGUCAAUCUCGUUACCGAGUAGGAAGAGAGAUCUUCGAGCGAGCGACCCUUUCACGAUGAAUAGUCAAAAUAAGUCAAGACGAACGACUCCGAAUCCUGCUGGCGACCGUGCUUCUACUCCUUCGAGGCUAGGAAGGGAAUCAGAUGGCAUCGAAUUCAUUGACAUUAUUGAUCUCACUGGUGACGAUGUCGACUUCGAUUCCUCCGUGGUCGCCGAACAAAUUCGACAGCAACAGCGUCACGAACAAGAAAAUAGAGACAUGCCGAUGGCUAUGCAAUUUUCCAGUCAAUAUUCCCCGGUUCCCUCAUCGUCUUCGAACGCAAAUGCGUCCGAACCAUACGCAUUUGUCAGACUCAUGGCUACGCAACGAGCUAAUUCACGAGGGCGAACAAGCUGGGACUGGCAGUCUCUGCCAUCCUCCAGCACUCAGACGCCGGUGCCAUCGGGCGAAACGAUGAGAGCCUCAAUGCCAGGUUCCUGGGACAACCCAAGUCCUUGGGAUAGACGUCCGCUUAUUAGUCACGCUCCUCUGCCUAGCAAUGCAGUGAAAGCUGUCAGUAGGCAUUCGAUCGGUGCAACUGGCCAGCGACCUUCGGGGUACGGUACUCAAUCCGGGAACCCACGACAUGUUUCGCGAAACAGCCAAUUUUCUAGCCCGGCGCUGAGGAAUGUCUUUCAGCCCACACCAUCUCCAAGACCACCGUUUUUCGGCGUACCAUGGCACCCAGGUGAUAAUGGGUCUACUAUUUCAAACGCCAUUGAAAGAACAAGCAUGAUUGACCAUGCUAACGUGCAGGACGCGUUCGGUAAUCCACUACAUGGUCGUCUGGCGCGUGUUCUCGACGAUGAUUAUGAGUCACCAGUAACAGGAAAGGAAUUAGAUGACUUGUUGAAGAACAUCCGUCCCGACAUAGAUAUUCCAGAGCAUAACCGAGGCGUUGGUCCGCCGGGGCUUAAGUAUCCGCUGUACAGACACCAAGAGGUUGCGCUUACUUGGAUGAAACAAAUGGAAGAGGGCACCAACAAGGGGGGAAUUCUGGCAGAUGACAUGGGACUGGGAAAGACGAUUUCCACACUGGGCCUCAUGCUUGCCAACCUCGCUACCUCUCGUCCAAAGACAAAUCUGAUUAUCGGACCACUUUCGUUGAUGCGCCAAUGGGAAGAGGAAAUCAGCAAAAAGACAAAACUAGCACAUCGGUUGUCAGUGUUCGUAUAUCACGGCAAGAAAGCGUCGACAGAUGACCUCCUGAAGUAUGACGUGGUAAUCACCACCUAUGGUACCUUGGCACAGGAACUCAGGCGCCGUGAGAAGUUUAUUGAGGAGAACAAAGAUAGGAAGAUCAACUUUAAUGACAAAUCAUGUGCGGUUAAGUUUCCCUUGCUACAUCCAGAGAAAGCCAUCUUUCACCGCAUCAUUCUGGACGAAGCGCAGUGCAUUAAAAAUCGGAGUACACAAACAGCAAAAGCCUGCCACAGCUUGAGGGCUACGUAUAGGUGGUGUUUGACUGGUACACCGAUGAUGAAUGGGAUCCUUGAGCUAUAUUCACUCUUGAAGUUCCUCCGCAUAAAACCUUACAACGCUUGGGAGAACUUCCGUCAGACUUUUGGCGUAUUGUUCGGCCAAAAAGGUGACCCUAAGAGCAUAGCGAUGAGCAAGCUCAGAGCACUGCUCAAAGCGAUUAUGAUGCGUCGAAAGAAAGACUCAAAGCUCGAAGGGAAGCCUAUUUUGCAACUUCCCGAGAAGAGAGAGCAUAUCGUGUAUGCGAAACUGUCAACGGACGAGCGAGACUUUUACAAACAGCUCGAACAGCAUGCUCAUGUGCUGUUCAGCAAGUAUCUGCGAGAGGGAAGUGUUGGUAGGAAUUAUUCCAACAUCCUCGUAUUGCUCCUUCGACUUCGUCAAGCUUGCUGUCAUCCUCAUCUCAAUUUGGACGUUGACGAUGCCGUCAGCCCCAUUACCGAUGCUGAUGUGGAGAAGUUUGUGAAGGAACUGGACGUAUCUAUUGUACAAAGGAUCAAAAGUGUUGAAGCUUUUGAAUGCCCCAUAUGCUAUGAUGCAGUACGAUCGCCCUCGUUCUUUGUACCUUGCGGACACGACAGUUGCAAAGACUGUCUAUCACGCAUAGUGGACACUGCUAUCUCGCAGAACCUCCACGAAGGAAACGAGAGUGACCGGGCUAAGUGCCCUGUCUGCCGCGGUGUAUUCGAGCCGAGAAAAUGCUUCACUUACGAAUUAUUCAAAAAGGUCCACAUGCCAGAGACUGCGGAGAAGGUGGGAAAGAUUGAACCGGUCGACGACGAAUCGAGCGACGAGGAAGAAGAUUCGUCGGAAGAAGACGAUGCCACAGAUGAAGUCAACAGUAAAGGAACUCUCAAGGGAUUCGUUGUUGAUGAUGAUGACGAAGAAGAGCUCGCCGACAUUGAUGUUCUCAAGAAGGAAGCUUCCGCGCUGGAAAGCAAAGAGCGGAAGAAGUCCAAAAUGGCCCAAAGAAAAGAAAAAGGCAAAAUCAAGGCCAAAAUGCCCGAGGUAAAACCAUCUAUGUUGAAGAGCCUACGUGUCGAGGCAGCCAAGAACCGUCAAGCAUAUAAACGAUACAUGCGAUAUCUCCGAACAACAUGGAUGCCAGCUGCAAAGGUCACCGAGUGCAUGAACUUGCUCAAGGAAAUCCAGGAAACCGGCGAAAAGACCAUCGCCUUCUCCCAGUGGACCCUGCUCCUGGAUCUUCUCGAAGUAGCCAUGUGGCAUGACAAGUUCCCCCACAAACCUCUCCGCUACGAUGGCGGCAUGUCCGGCGACCAACGCGCCACUGCAGCCUGCAACUUCCGCGACAUUCCCGAUAACAAGGUUAUGCUGGUUUCUCUUCGCGCAGGAAACGCAGGCCUUAAUCUCACGGUUGCAACGCGCGUCAUCAUCAUGGACCCGUUCUGGAACCCGUACAUAGAAAUGCAGGCGAUUGACCGGACCUACAGAAUCGGACAGCAGAAGGAAGUGGAGGUGUAUCGGAUUCUGACGCAGGAGACGGUAGAGGACCGUAUCGUGGCGUUGCAGAAUAAGAAAAAGGAGAUUGUUGAGGCGGCACUCGAUGAAGCAGAGAGCAUGAAGAUUGGUCGCUUGGGCGAAAGUGAGCUUAAGUUCUUGUUUAAUUCGCACGGCUAA